AUGGUCAACUCCUGUAGCUCCGUCUGCUCUGACCAGGGCUGUGGCCAAGGCUGCUGCCAGGAGACCUGCUGCCGCCCCAGCUGCUGCCAGACCACCUGCUGCCGCCCCACCUGCUGUGGCUCCUGCUGUGGCUCCAGCUGCUGCAGGCCUACCUGCUGCACCACUAGCUGCUGUCGCCCCACCUGCUGUGGUUCUAGCUGCUGCCGCCCCUGCUGUGGCUCCUGCUGUGGCUCCAGCUGCUGCAGGCCUACCUGCUGCAUCACUAGCUGCUGCCGCCCCACCUGCUGCGGCUCCAGCUGCUGCCGCCCCUGCUGUGUGUCUAGCUGCUGCCGCCCCUGCUGUGGCUCCAGCUGCUGUGGCUCCAGCUGCUGCAGGCCUACCUGCUGCAUCACUAGCUGCUGCCGCCCCACCUGCUGUAGCUCCAGCUGCUGCCGCCCCACCUGCUGCAAGACCACUUGCUGCCGUCCCACCUGCUGUCGCCCUGUCUGUUGUGGAUCCUCCUGUUGUUGAACUACAUUUUUCACCCCCAGCCCUGAGUCUACUAUCAGUGCAUCAAGCUUGUUCUCAUUCCCUUUAUCCAUAGGACCCCACCCUGUUCUAAUCUGUUGCUAUGUUUAUUAACUCCUGCCACCAAGCAACUAUUUAAAAAGUAACAACUUAAACUAAAUACCACACAAAACCUCCAAGCUGACGUUCAGUCAAAUGACCAAAUGUCUACUACUUCAUGGGGAAGAUUUCACCUUCACACUGAAUGUGUGCAGUAGAGUAAUCAUGUCUCAAUAA